ACAACAACAACAACUACAAAAUCAACUGCAAAAACAACUGUACAACUAAUUAAUGGAAAUCAACAAUUAUUAAGAUUGCAUUUGGCUUUGAUUCUUUCAUAUAUAUAUGUUUAUAUCUUCAGUUGGAUUAGAUAUACACAAAGAACUCGUUGCCCCUCAGGCCGCAAAAACGGAAGGAAGCAAGGAAGGAAAGAAAAAGGGGGACUUGAUAGAAUCGACUGCUGCCAACUGCAAUUGCCAGGCGCAACGGAAAGCUGUCUUAUUGUCUCUUUUUGCCAUUUUUCGGGGGCAACAUUUUAAUUGAAAAAGUUUUGUGGCAAACGCAGGGCAAAUAUGACUGUCAAAUUGGCCAAACUAUUUGGUAGUGGCAACAACGGAGCAGUUGUUGGCGGAUCAACUGGCAUGGGCACAGCUGGUGGUGUCGGUGGUGGAGGCGGUGGUGUUGGUACGGGCGGAAAAUCUGUCAGUAAUCAAAUGGAAAACCAUGCGGGCGCCAUGGAUAACAAUAAGAAUCAAGAGGGAAUGCCACCACCUUUGCCGCCCCCAAAUGAGAACAUGCAAAAAUUUCAUUAUAAAUAUUACGAUCAUGGUAUCUAUGGGCAUGCGUAUAUGUGCCAAGAUCAGGAUAUGGACCAUGAUCAGGAUGAGGAUGACUACGACACGGCCUUGCAACGUAAUCAUCCGUAUAAUAACUCCCAGCGUCCAUUGCUGGGCGACAGACGUCCCACUAUCCAUCACAAUCUCACGCUAAUUAAAAUGCAAAAACCCCUGCCACCCGUGACACCACCCCGCCCAAGUCACAGUGCCGCCUAUAUAUCACCAUAUGUGCAGCAACAGAAGCGCGACAGUGCCAAAGGUCUGCACGGAUUCAAUGACUUUGAUGCCCUGUCCCAGGAAUACAAUCGGCAUUUGCAAAGUCCACACAUUGGCUAUCCAUAUGGUAGUCCACCAUCUCCAACAAACACCAACUCGCACCACCACCAACAACAUCAACAACAACAACAGCAGCAAUCAUCGGACUUUUGUUUCGAUCAUCGCCAGCUACCACCGCCGCCACCAUCUUCAUCAUCGACAUCAUCCAAUUGUAGUUAUGGCCAUGCCGCCAUGGUGGCCGCCUCCAGCUCUUCAAGCUCGUCGUUUCCCUCACGUUUCGAAGAUGAUUUCUGCAAGAGGAACAAUUCAGAGACAUCAGGCUGCAAUUUGAUUGGAACAACUGGUGGCGGGGGCGGCACUGGCGCCAAUGGGCCCUUUAUCUUUGGCGUCUCGCAUGUGGUGGAACCAUCUAGAGAUUAUGGCUGCACUGUGAUAGAUUCUUCGGCAGCAUCUCCAGCACGUCAAGUGCUUCAUCACAAUGAUACGCAACAGUCGCUGAGCGAUACAAGUGCGGACAGUAGCAGUGGCAAAGGUGCAAAGUUUUUAUUGCGAAAACGUAAAUCGAAGAAGACACAAGCAGCAACAGCAGCAGCAGCAGCUACAGGACCUGCAACAGCAUCAACCAAGGAAGGACACAAAGGUCCUCCCUCUAUCAAAUGUGUCCUAGUUGGCGAUGGGGCUGUGGGUAAAACAAAUUUGAUCUUGUCCUAUCUGGAGAAUCGUUUUCAAGUCGAGCAUGUGCCUACAGCUUCAGAUAUUUAUAAUGCCGAUGUUAAUGUGAAUGACAGUCCCGUACAUUUGACACUCUGUGAUACUGCCGGCCAGGAUACGCUUGAUCCUUUGCGUGAAUUAUGCUACCCAGAUAGCGAUGUCUUUCUGCUCUGCUUCUCGGUGGUAAAGCCCGAAACGUUUCGUGCCAUCAAAUCAAAAUGGGCGCCGAAAUUUGCAAAAUCCACAGCGGCUUUGAUACUCGUUGGCACCCAGGCCGAUUUGAGGGCGAAUCCCAAUGUCCUUAACAAGUUGCAGACAAAUGGCGAAAAGGCAAUUUCAUAUGCAGACGCCUGGGAUUUGGCAACAACAAUUGGCGCAAAAUACAUUGAGACUUCGUCAGCCACACAGGACAAAGUCAAGGAUGUCUUCGAUGCAGCCAUUUGGGAGGGUCUUGUCCCAACCACAUUGCCGCCGACUCCCUCAUUUUGGAGGAAACUCUUCUGUUUGGCCUGAGAAUAAGCUGCAAGAACAAAGAAUCAACAACAAAAAAAUACAACAAAACUUCAUAGCACUCAUUCAUUAUUUUUCUCUACAUUUAUACACACAUAAAAAACAAAUAUUUAUAUCAUAUAUUUUAUUAAUUGUUUAGCAGUGCUUGCACAACGACUGAUCGAUCUACUAUAUAUUAAUGCUACUUAUAUACAAAUCUCUAUCUAAAUCGAAGUAAAAGAAGUUCAUAAGAGGAGUUAUUAAUAUUUAAAUGAUUUCAUUUUUUUUUUAUUAAUUUAAAUUUUAAUAUACAUUUAAAUGUAAUAAUGUGCAUCUCCUUUCUUUUACACACACACACACAAUACUUAUGUAUGUUAACCGUCAUUCCAUCCAAUUUUAAGUAUUAAGUUUCUUCCAUGCUUUU